GGUCGGGUCUGAUCAAAAUAAACAGAUCUGAAGGGCCUCCUUCAGUGUGACCUCGAUCCGAAGGGAAGAGGACGUGAUCGUCGUUCGAUGAUGACGGAGGACGAUGGCGGUCGGCGAUGAAAAGAGCUCUGACGAUAACGCGGACGAAGGUCGGCGAGAGGGUACUAGAUCCGACGAUGACGAGAGCAACGGCGAGAGGGCGCAAACGGUGCGACGAACUGAGCGACGACGAUGAUGAACUGAGCGGCGAUGAUGACGAUGGUGUUGUCUGGACAGUGACGCGAGCAAUGGUGUCGACUUGAAGACGACCUGAAGAGUUUAAAACAGUGACUGGUGAUUUCUUUGAAUUUGUUGUACCAUAAAAUGCUUGGUGCAUUUUCUACAUGAUCACGGACGUGAUAAAUGGUGAAUUCUAAAAGUAUACAAGAUAUGCAUGUUUGUUCAGUUCUCUCCGUCUCUUUGGCACAGUUGGGUUCUACAUUACCUUGAAGUUUCCUCAUGGAUAUUGCUCUAUUGACCUUUCGUUAGGUACAUGAAGUAUUUGUCCUAUUGAUGUUGGUGACGUGUAAUCUGCUCGUUACAGAUUUGGCCUUCGUGUUUAUUAGCUUAUAUUAAAGAAAGGCGCAUUCUGAUUCACAUAUCGAUCAUUGUGAUCAACGUCGUCGAAUCUUUAUGGGAAUAGGUCACUGAAGACCUUCUCUCCAAGCUGAGGGAUGUCUUUGCCUCACCAUCAAACAUCCAUUCACUCCCCAAUUAUACCUGUGAGAUGUUUGAGAUUCUGAAGACCUUAUCCGUCUAUCUCGUGAGUUUUUAUUUCUGCUGCUAAAAUGAUUGCUUAAUCUGAGCAUGUAAAUUUGUGGACUAACUUGGAACAAAAUAGAUUAUUUUUUUCUCUUCUUUUGAGGCGAAUGGGCAAGAAAAGGGAAUAAUUAAGGCUCUGGUUUUCCUAGGAUCAACUCAUGAAGUUAAGGAUCAAUUUGAUAAUCCGGCUAUCGUCGUAACAUAGAUUAAUUGUUGUUGUGCACUCAUUUUUAUCAAGAUUACAUAGCCUAUAUGAUUCAUAUCUGACAAAUUUGCACUCGGUAGUACAAGGAUUACGCAACUUAUGGGAUUCAUAUGAUCGUUAAUCUUCUCUUGAUAUAUUUUCUUUUGCAAAUAGGAGACUGUUUUGUGGUGCAUUUCUUGAUGACCUUAAAUUCUUGAAUUUUUUGUCUCUUUUCUUCAGUCUUCUUAUACCCGUCUUUCUUUCUACCUGAGUACUCUAUUUAUCCUACAUAUCUUGCUUGUGACUUUUCUGGUUCCAACAUUUUAUACCUCAAGAUAACAUUCUCAAUAAUUCUUAUCAUGUUUUGAGGUGUAUCAUCAAAUAUUCUAACCUAAACCGCCUCCUCGUUCAAGAGUUUUUUUCAUAUAAAAGCUAUUUUUGAAAUUAAAAGGCUGCAACAUAUAAGAUGGAACCGGGACCAUUAACCAUAGCAAAACAGACGAAUUACUUCAUGAAUAAGCUUGACCUAUUAUGGAACGUUUAAAAUUAAGUUGGUGAUACCGCGAGUAUUCCCUUCACGUAGUAACAAGCUGUCAUCAUUUUUUGUUGCCUUAAAUCAUGCAUUAAGUGGUCAAGGAUAGAUAGCUAUUGGAAUUCAAAAUUAUUAUUGAAUAUAAAGAUAGAAACUGCCUUGUAUUAUUUACAGCUGUUAUCAACUUCUCCGUUCAGUUUUGUUAAGUUCUUAACUUCUUAUAGACUCAAUCCUUUACUAUGGUCUCCAUAACUUUGUAAACCAACUGUCCACCUAAUCUCUACGUCUAAAUAUGCGCAUGGGUUCCUUAUUUAAUUUCGACCAAUAAAAUGUCACUCAAAAUUAUAUUUGCAUUCCAUAUGUGGAGAUUGAUGUAUUAAAUGGUUAAUAAGGCACAUGCAGUUAGUUUCCCUAUAGGUCCACACUCCACAGUGCAAUAACAAAACGCAAUAUAUAAAACACCAUACAACACGCACUCCCUACCACCCGCGCCAAAGAAGAUGAAGAAAGAAAGAAAGAAAGAAAGAUAGAAAGAAAAGAAAGAAAGAAAGAAAAAGACCAUACAUGGUGAUGACGAGCUCAGUUCGAAAUUUCAAAUUGGUCAUGGCUUUGAUCUUCAUCGGCAUUGUGGCUUUGAUCUUCAUCGGCAUUGCCACCUCGACAACCAUGUAUGUGUGUUGUAUGGUUAGUGAGGUUGAUAUGGGAAGCAUAAAAUACCAUGGAUCACACAUCCUUCAUGCUUCUUCUGUUGAUAUGGGAAGCAUGAAGGUUAGUGAGGUUCAAGGAUCAAAUAGUGUCUCGUCAGGAAAUUUUCCUAAAGUCAACCUUGUAAAUUAUGAACAAUCCUGGAACAAAAAUGUUUCUCUAGAAAGACGUUGGAGUCUUGAAGUGGCCAUUGAAAAAGUUAUUGGACACGAUGUAUCACUAUUCAGUGGAGAAUCUGUUAUCUGUUAGUAAUGAAAAAGACAGAUGCAAAUUUUCCGAUUCUAGAACGGGAAUAUAUGCAAGGUGUUCUAAUCAGUGAGCUAGUCGUCAAUAAUAGCUUCUCUUCAUAGUUCAUCAUCUAGAAGAGAAAAACGGCGUCACAGGAAGAUGGCAAAGGAUGUUAAAAAGCCUGGGGAAACUAUUAUUAAAAGUCAUAGAAGUUAUGAUUUAAUGCUUAGUUUGCAGCUUGGAAUCAGGUAUACAGUGGGUAAAAUAACCCCAAUUCAAAGGCGUGGAGUUCUUGCAUCAGAUUUUGGUCCUCGAGCAAGCUUUUGGAUGGAUUUUCCUAAAGCAGGUUCCCAACUAACACCUCCCCAUCAUUCAGAAGAUUUUAAGUUGAAAGAUUAUUGUCCAAUAGUCUUCAGGCAGAUUGAGAUUGAUAGUAAAUUCUUGGAAACACAGCAUAUAAUGGACUAUAGCCUAUUGUUAGGUGUGCAUUAUCGAGCUCCACAACAUCUGCGAACUGGUGUAUAUAUCUCUCCAUCGAAGCCUGACAGCAGAGGGACUUUCAAUCCUUUCAGAAGGUGAUCAAUACGUCCUUCUAAUAACCGUCUUGCAUCUUUCCUCGUGAGCAUGAAUUAUAUCAGGCGAUUUCUUGCCUCUAAAAGCUCGGAAAGCAUGCUGAAUUGAUCGCUUGUCUGACCUUGAGAUGCAAACUUUUCAGCAGAUUUUUCUAUAUAAGAACCCCAAUUUGUUGUAGCAUCAAGUGUUUCAGGAAUUAUAUAGCUCAUUUGCGGUACAUAUUCUGAAUAGCAUCGUGUACUAUCUGAUAAGUUACACAAAUAAGAAGGAAAAAAAGCAUUGAGGA